GACGGUCCAGGGCCCAGCCCAACACACCCCAUCCACCUCAUCUUCUUCUCGACAGGGCAGGCAGACCUCAGUCCUCAGACUCGACUCUACCAUGCUGGUAGAGGCAGCUACCAUGGCCGCUUGCUCCUCCAUCCCCUGCUCCUUCCCUGCAAAGGCAAACCCUCCCCAGCGCAGCCGCCACAAUGUCUUCAUCCCUCGUAUCCCUCUCCUUCCAGUCCCUGCUCCGCCGUUUCGUCAGUCUCGCUCCCCGUUUCCCGCCGCCUCCCUGCCGGCGAGCCGCCUCCGCCCCAGAGCCUCCGUGUCCGCGUCAGCCGCCCCACACAAGGACUACGAGUUCACUGAUGGCAACGGAGAAGUGGAGCUGAGGCUGGACAUCGGAAAACUUGGCAUUGAGAGUUCAAGAGAUGUUUUUGUUGAUGUUGAUGAUACAUCUCUAUUGAUCAGAGCCAAGUCUGACGGGACACUGAGGACUCUCAUGAAUGCUAAAACACUGUUUGAUAGGAUUAAGUCUUCCGAGACUAUAUGGUUCAUCGAUGAGGAUCAAUUGGUGGUGAAUCUAAAGAAAGUCGAAGAAGAGUUGAAAUGGCCCGACAUUGAUGAAUCUUGGGAGUCCCUCACUUCUGGGAUCACCCAGUUAUUGAUGGGGAUCAGCGUCCACAUUGUUGGUGAUUCCACAGACAUUAAUGAGGCGGUUGCUAAAGAGAUCGCCGAGGGCAUUGGGUAUCUUCCAGUUAGCACAAGUGAGCUGCUGGAACGUGCCACUCAAAAGUCUUUGGAUACAUGGGUGGCUUCGGAAGGAGUGGACUCUGUAGCUGAAGCGGAAUCUGUUGUCCUGGAAAGCCUUAGCAGCCAUGUCCGCACUGUAGUGGCGACUCUAGGGGGCAAGCAAGGAGCAGCUAGCAGAUUUGACAAAUGGCAGUACCUUCAUUCUGGGUUUACGGUUUGGCUGUCAGUGUCUGACGCUAGCGAUGAAGCUUCUGCCAGAGAGGAAGCCCGAAGAAGUGUCAGUUCUGGAAGCGUUGCUUACGCAAAGGCGGACGUGGUGGUGAAGCUGGGCGGAUGGGACCCGGAGUACACGCGAGCUGUUGCGCAGGGCUGCCUUGUUGCACUAAAGCAGCUAACCUUAGCAGACAAGAAGUUAGCAGGGAAGAAGAGCCUCUACAUCAGGCUAGGUUGCAGAGGGGAUUGGCCCAACAUCGAGCCUCCAGGCUGGGACCCUGAAUCAUCGGACGGGACCCCACCCACCACCGUCUGAUCAUCUAAUCCAUCUGGUGCCCAGUAAUAAGAAUUAUAGGGAUGGGUUUGAUCAUCUUUUGUUAGCCUGACACAGGAAUUCAUUAUUUACUUGAAUCCGUCAUUGACCGUUGUGUAACUUUUUAACUCAAUGCGGACUAUUUGUUGA